CGCGAGCGGCCAACUUCCUGCUACUUAUCACGCUGCUUCUGACCAGAAACACGUUGGUUUUGUACUUAAUUUUAAACCCUUCUUUAUAUAUAAAACACGCCGCACAGCUAGUCUCCCAAUUGUACAUUUGCACAUGUCUGUACCAUCCCAUCAUUUGGGUGCGUUUAUGAAACACUGCUACAUUCCAUUACAGAGCUUUAAUGAAAUUAAUCAGGAACCUUCGAAGGAACUACAACUUCAGCCAAUCAGCGAAGAGACAGUGGCGUAUGCGGAAGUAGCUCAUGUUUUCUGUAAGAUUAGCGAGGAAGACCUAAUACCAUAAGAAUUUGGGUUUUUUAUUUAAAUAUUACUCCGUAAACAGGCAAAAUGCCUUCUAAAAUGCCGCUUUAUUUUUAGAAACUAUAUGACUUUUAUAAUUUUGCAAUUGUGAAGCGAGUUGUUGAAUGCCGGUCUUACUGUAGCUAGAUCUCUACCGUCUUGAGGAUGGAGAUGUCAUCGGACCAGGCUGUAGUUGUGAACAUUGGGAAAUUGCCAUCAGAAGUGUUUGAAGGAACUUGUCAUGAGAUACUGCUUCAUCUUGAAGGACAUCAUAGUGCAGUAGAUGUGGUUGAAAACUACCAGAAAUUUCAAAGAGCUGGGAUAAACCUUGACUGGACAGCUGUUCAGGAUAUUGUUAGGCUGUUGUCAUUUAAUUUUAGAUUAGCUGCGAAGUCUAAGCUCACUGCUGAUGGUCUGGUCACUAAAUUAGGAGAGAGUAGUUCUAUAUGGUCCAAAUCGGCUUUGCAAGUCAUGCACCAGCUGUGGACUGAACACAGCUCUCUUGUACAAGCGCACCAGGAGGUGCAGGCUGUGGCCAGCACUGGACAGCUGGUAGAUAUCCAGUGGAAGCUGGGGAUGGCUGUGAGCUCUGACACAUGUCGCUCGCUCAACUCCCCAUACAUCUCAGUCCUGAUGAAAAUUGCAGACACGUCUGGAGAGAUUUCCUACAAGUCCUUUGAGAUGACAGUUCUUCAAUUCCAGAACUUCUACAGACAGUUCAAAGAAAUUGCUUCUGUUUUGGAAACUGUGUAAGAGUUCAGCUCCAAAUGUUCACCAUUCCUAUUCCGGUCUGUAGCCUUUCAGUAUUUACUUACUGUUUACAUUUAAACUCUUUUAAUAUGUGUGUUUGCUAUUCAAUCUAACCCAUAGUGGGGUAAUUCUGUGCUGUACUUGCCCUGAAACUCAUUUCAUUUUGACUGUGCUUUCAAACAUGAUUUGCUAUAAACACUGAAUAAAGUUUGAACACAGA